AUGGGGGAUUUUAAUACCCCUCUCACAGAAGCUGAGAAAUUUGGGGGAUCCAAGAUACAGAUUGACAGCAAAUUGGACUUAGCUAACUUCAUCAAUGGUCAAGGUCUGGUUGAAUUGGAUUUAUCUGGAGCUUCUUUCACUUGGUCCAAUCGUCGUGUUGGUACCGACCUGAUUCAACCUAAACAUGGUUCGCGAAGGAGGUUUCCGUUUAGAUUUGAGAAAAUGUGUCUAUCCCACCCAAACCUUUCCACUAGUGUGAAGGAUUGGUGGAAUGUUCAAGUGGAUGAUUCUGUUAUGUUCUGGGUUGCUAAAAAGUUAAGAUACCACAAUAUUAUAGCUCAGGAAGAGACCUUUUGGAGGCAGAGAUCUCGAGCCUUAUGGCUCAAGGAUGGUGAUAAAAACACCAGAUUCUUCCAUAUCUCUACCCUUAAACAUAGGGCUACAAAUAGAAUUGACCACCUGAUGAAGAAUGUGAGAAGAUUUGAUAAUGAGCAUGAAAUAAGUAGAGUUGUUGAUUUUUUUGUUGCUCUUCUGAAGAAAGUUGCGUUGUUGGACCUGGAGGCUCAGAAUAUGUUGGUUGGUGCUAUACCUAAAAUCCUAUCUGGGAGCCAAAAUCAUAUUCUUGUUGCCAAUCCUUCUAAGGAGGAUAUUAGGAGUGUUGUCUUUUCUUUUGACCGCAGUAAAGCUCCAUGCCCUGAUGGCUUUCCUAUGUUUUUCUUUCAACACUUUUGGGAUGUGGUAGGGGAAGAUGUGUCCAAUGUUGUUAAAGAAUUUUUUGGAGCUAGAUCUCUGCUGAAGAAAUUGAAUGCUACCUUCAUUGUCCUCAUUCCUAAGAAGAAAGGGGUUGAUAAUUUGGAUGCUUUUAAGCCUAUUAGAUUGUACAACUCCUUCUACAAAAUUAUUUCCAAGGUCCUUACAUUGAGGUUGCUAGGUGUUCUUCCUCUUCUAAUCUCCCCUCAGAAAAAUGUCUUUGUGCCAGGAAGACAGAUUCUUGACUCCAUCAUCAUUGUUCAUGAAAACAUUCAUUCACUUUUGGAGGUGAAGUCUCAAGGCUUUCUUCAGAAAUUGGACAUUGUUAAAUCUUGUGAUAGGGUGGAUUGGUGCUUCUUAAAAAAAAUUCUUCAGGCUUUUGGUUUCUCUGGAAAGGCAGAUGAUGUUAAGAACCCUGAUAACCCUAAUGUCUCGGCCUCUCCUUUGUCCUAUAAGGAGACUGGUAAUGUGGGUGUGGGUGGUAUUGCAGACCUUCAUCCUAAAAGUGAUGAGCUAAAUGAUAAGAGGGAGGAUUAUGAAAAUGUGUUGGGGAUGGCUCGUGAUCAUGCAAUUGACACCUUCAAUUUAUUCAAGUGGUUGUUUCAUGAACUUAAAGAGAUUCAGAUUAACCAAAGAGCCCUGGGAAGCAAAAUGGAUUCUCUCCCUACUGGUUCUUCUCUUGGUAAUCUAAAUAACAAUGGGAAUUGGAUUGAGGCUGAGAAUAAUUCGGUCAUGAAUUGUAUCGAGAAAAUAGGGGAAGGGGUUGAUCAGCUGAAGACAAGGCUGGAGGAAUGCAUCACCCAGGUUGAGGAAGGCUACAACAAGAUCUAG